UUCUGCAGCUUGCCUGUUCAGGUACAAUGCCUUGUCCUUCGUCUACCUCAUCUACCUCCUGCUUAUUCCACUCUUCGCGGAGCCCACAAGCACAACAAUGCAGGGCCACACAGGGCGUCUGCUGCAGUCCCUCUGCUUCACCAGUAUGUCCUUCCUGCUGCUCCACAUCAUCUAUCAGAUUACCGUCAACAGCCUCCUGGCAGCGAAAACCAUCCACUCCAACUUCACCUGUUCAGCGUGGGAGAAAUCCAUCAGACAAAUCGGCUUUGAGAGCGUGAUCGAUGCAGAUGCGGGAAACGGCAUCCGAGUGUUCAUCCCUGACAUCGGCAUGUUCGUGGCUGGCUUGGCCAUCUGGCUGCUGUGUCGCAGUCUGGUCCAGAAGAGGCUGCCUGAGGACAUGGCUCAAUACAACGCCGACUUUGAAGCAGAGGAACAAGAAGAAGAGGAGAAGCUGAGCCUGGACGACCAGAUCCUGCUCGAAGAAGACUUUGAAGCGGGGUACGAGGCCGAGCUGGACGAGGAGCUGGACGAGGAGGAGGAAGAGGAAGAGGAGGAAGAGGAGGAGGAAGAAGAGGAGGUGAAGGAGAGCACCAAGAGUAAAAUCUUGCGGCACGUGGCGGAGGUCGCGUCCAAAGUGAAGGAGAUUAUUGGGAACCUGAUCACCACUGCGGGGAAGGUGGUGGUCACGAUUUUGUUGGGCAUGACAGGCAUCAUGCUGCCCUCGCUGACCUCGGCUGUUUACUUCUUCAUCUUCCUGUUCCUGUGCACGUGGUGGUCCCUCUGCCGGACCUUCGACACACUCCUCUUCAGCUGCAUGUGUGUCCUGAUGGCCAUCUUUAGUGCUGGGCACCUCAUUGUCCUCUACCUCUACCAGUUCCAGUUCUUCCAAGAGUCUAUCCCACCGGGCGACAGCUACUCAAGUGUAUUUGGCAUCUCCCCCAUCAUUCAGAGCAACUGCUCCUACACAUGGAAGCUCAUCGUGCACCCGGAUCGUAAGUGGUACCACUUUGUCAAUCCCAUCAUGCUGCUGAUCCUCUACUACACCCUGGCCACGCUCAUCCGCCUCUGGCUGCAGGAACCCAUCGACCAGCUGACGGACAACAAAGACAACGAUAUCUGUGAGGAGGAAGAUCUGGACGGAAACAGAACAAGUAACUCAGCCAACAGGAAGAGGCAGAUGUGGUGGGAAUCACGCCAGGGCACAGAUGAGAAGAACCUACUCUCCACCCAGGAUGGCAUCAGUACAACCGAGGCUGUGCCCACUUCAAACGGGACGUCCUUUGACUUUGUAACAACUGAGAAUGGACCAGUCUGUCUGGACUUGUACUCCACCCCCCAGUAUAAAAUGGACCAGCCCGGCGACGGUACAGAGAAGAAGGAUGAAUCUGUGUAUGAAGUGUGUUUGCCGCCGGAGGAUUCGGCGUUGGAGGGUGGAGAGGAGAAGUCUGAGGAAGGCGAGGAUGGGAUAAAGAAAAAAGGAGUCGGGGCGAUGGUCAAAAUCUUCCACUUCAUCAUGAAACAGAGCUACAUAUGUGCUCUCAUAGCAAUGAUGGCGUGGAGCAUCACAUACGUCAGCUGGCUGACGUUUGUCUUCCUCAUCUGGUCUUGCAUGCUGUGGAUGGUGAGAGACCGAAGGCGUUACGCCAUGCUGUCCUCGCCCUUCAUGGUGGCGUACGGCAACCUGCUGAUAGUUCUGCAGUACAUCUGGAGCUUUGAGAGUAUGGAUGAAGUCAAAGCACCGGGGUUCUUUGUCAAGAAGAACAACCCUUUCCACUCGCUUUCAUCCAAGGUCCUGUGUCUGCUGAGCUUCUGGCUGCUGCUGAGACAAACACUCACAGAGAGAUGGGAAAAACAAAAGGAGGACAGCGCUGGUCUCUCAGACGUUCAUGUGGAAGAUCAGAAGAAGAAAGAGGAAGAGGACUCUGAGGAAGGAGGGGAGCAGGACAUCAUGCAGGUUCUGGGCAACAUGGUCAUGGCUCUGAUGGUCAAAUACUGGAUCUACAUCUGUGGUGGCAUGUUCUUCUUCGUCAGCUUCGAGGGAACCAUCGUCAUGUACAAGAUCAUCUACAUGAUGAUGUUCCUCUUCUGUGUGGCGCUCUAUCAGGUGCACUUUGAGUGGUGGCGAAGGAUCCUGAAGUACUUCUGGAUGUCAGUGGUGAUGUACACCAUGCUGGUUCUCACCCUGGUCUACACCUUCCAGUUUGACGGCACUAAGGACUUCUGGUCCAACAACACGGGCAUGGAUGAAAACAGCUUGAAGGACCUGGGCCUGGAGAGGUUUUCUGUCUCCAUGCUGUUCACCAGGAUUUUCAUUCCCACAUCCUUCCUGCUGGUGUGUAUUCUCCACCUGCACUACUUCCACGAACCGUUCCUCAAGCUCACCGACCUCCAGGCUGUGGUGGCCAAAGAGGAGAGCACUAUCUACAGACUGGUGCACCAGGACGGCAGCCUGGCAGACCUCACCAUGCUCAGCGCCAGCUCGGUGGAGGGGAUACUGCCCAGAGAGGAGCAGGAGCCGCAGGGGGAGUGGGGGAAGGAGGAGAAGGAGGAGGCCCUGGUGGUGGUGAUGGAUGACACUGACAUGACUGACGAGAAGCCCAGGAGCCUCUCCGACCCGCGGCUGUCCAGUGCGGAGGAGAGCCACCACUGUAGUGCGGGGACGGGGACGGAGCCGGAGCCGAGCACCGAGCACACCUCAGACCUGAAGAAUAAAUGGCACCUGGUGGUCGACCGUCUGACCGUGCUCUUCCUUAAGUUCCUGGAGUAUUUCCACAAACUGCAGCUGUUCAUCUGGUGGCUGCUGGAGAUCCACAUCAUCAAGAUCGUGUCCUGCUACGUCGUCCUGGUCUCUGUUAAAGAGGUGUCUUUGUUAAACUAUGUGUUCCUGGCGUCCUGGGCCUUUGCACUGCCCUACAGCCAGUAUCGUCCACUUGCCUCCAGUGUUUGCACCGUGUGGACGUGUGUCAUCAUCGUAUGCAAAAUGUUGUACCAGCUCAAGUCUAUAGACCCUCCAUUGUACAACUGCACUCUGCCAGGAAGUUACUCAGGGGUCCAGAAAGAGGAGAUGGAGGUCUAUCCACUGUAUACGGACCUUGUGGAGCCAGCACACUGGGUGGGCCUGAAGAAGUCUAAUGACCUGCUGGACUACCUCAGGAACAACCUCUUGAUGCUCGCUCUGUUAGCAUUCGAGGUGACCAUCUACCGCCAUCAGAAAUACUUCAGACUGAGGAACAAACUGUCUCCGCCCGCUGCCAGGAUUAUCUUCCAUGACAUCACACGGCAGCAUCUGGACAUCGGCAUCAUCAGCUUCAUCAAAUACUUCAUCAACUACUUCUUCUACAAGUUUGGACUUGAGACGUGCCUGCUGCUGGUGGUCAAUGUAAUCGGACAGCGUAUGGACUUCUACGCCAUGCUCCAUGCCUUCGCUUUGAUAGCCGUCAUGUAUAAACGCAGGAGGAAAGCCAUCGCUGAGGUCUGGCCCAAGUACUGCUGCUUCCUGGCCUGCAUGCUGACCUUUCAGUAUUUUGUCUGCAUCGGGAUCCCUCCUGCAGCCUGUAAAGAGUAUCCUUGGAGGUUUCCCAACUCUACUACGGACUCCAACGUCAUCAAGUGGCUCUAUGUUCCAGACUUCCACACCAAACCCAACUCAUCGUUCCUCAUCUAUGACUUCAUGUUGCUGCUGUGUGCCUCCCUCCAGAGGCAAGUCUUUGACGACGAGAACAAGGCGGCAGUCCGCCUCAUGGCUGGAGACAACGUGGAGAUCUGCAGAGACCUGGACGCAGCCACUUUCAGCGUCCACAACCCCGUCCCUGACUUCAUCCACUGCAGGUCGUACCUGGACAUGCUGAAGGUCAUCAUGUUCAGCUACCUGUUCUGGUUUGUCCUCACCAUCAUCUUCAUCACGGGGACCACGCGUAUCAGCGUCUUCUGUAUGGGCUACCUGGUGGCCUGCUUCUACUUCCUGCUGUUCGGUGGUGAGCUGUUGCUCAAACCGAUCAAAAAGAUCCUCCAUUACUGGGAUUUCCUGAUCGCCUACAACGUCUUUGUGAUCACCAUGAAGAACAUUUUGUCUAUCGUGGCUUGUGGCUACAUCAACUCUCUGGUUGUGAACCAGUGCUGGUUGAUCCAGUUGCUCAGUCUGGCCUGCACCAUCAAAGAAUACAAAAGCAACAUUAGGGAGGCAAAACCUGGUGAACAGACCUGCGAGCUGCCCAAAAACGAGGCCGGCAUCAUCUGGGACAGUAUCUGCUUCGCCUUCUUGCUGCUGCAGAGACGAGUCUUCAUGAGCUACUACUUCCUCCACGUGGUGGCUGAUAUCCGAGCAUCACAGAUCCUCGCAUCCAGAGGGGCGGAGCUUUUUCAGGCCACUAUAGUGAAGGCGGUGCGAGCCAGGCUGGAGGAGGAGCGCAAAUCUGUGGAGCAGCUGAAGAGACAGAUGGAGCGCAUUAAGGUGAGGCAGCAAAAGUUUAAGAGGGGCAAGGAGAAGAUGCUGAGCAUAGCGCAGGAGUCUGGAGAAGGACAGACCCUCGUCCAGCCUGAAGAGGAUGAUGAUGAUGGAGCACAGCGAACGAAAGCCAAGACCAAAAAAAAGCAGUGGUGGAGGCCGUGGGUUGACCAUGCUUCCAUGGUUAGAAGUGGAGACUAUUACUUAUUUGAAACUGACAGUGAGGAGGAAGAGGAGGAGGAGGAGAAAAAAGACGAUGAGCCGCCAAAGAAGUCGGCGUUUCAGCGAGCUAUUGGGAAGUUUGUCUCUGCUGUUCUGGCUUUGCCCAAGUCUAUCAUUAAGCUGCCUAAAACUAUCCUGCAGUAUGUAGUGAAGGCAGGCAAGUUUCUUUAUCACGCCUGGAUCACAGACCCCAAAGCUGCCCUGAGGGCACGAGGCAAAGAGAAGCGCAAAUUUUGGAAGAAAUACACCAAAGGAGUCAGACACAGGAAGAGCAAAAAAGAUGCAGGUCAUGUGGCCAUAGAGGUUGGCGAGCUCUCGGAUGGGCAAGAGAAAGAAGACGAGAACAAGAAGUCCGGAGGUCCAGACAACAUUAUUAAGCGAGUGUUCAACAUCAUAAAGUUCACCUGGGUGCUCUUCCAGACGACGGUGGACAGCUUCACCAAGUGGAUGAAUGACAUGUGCAGGGAGUACAUCGACAUCUCCACUGUGCUGCGCAUCGAGCGCUGCAUGCUGACCAGAGAGGUCAAAAAGGGUAAUGUGCCGUCCCGAGAGAGCAUCCACAUCUACUACCAGAAGGCCAUGAGGCUCAACAUGUCCAGGGCGGCCAGCAUGGAUCAGCUAAGCGAGGAUGAGUCAGCCAUGGGCUCCUCCAGGGUCCGAAGAAGGCGAUACCCGAUGGAGAGCCAGGACUCCACUGCCUCCAGAGACAGCAUGUCCAGCGGCAUUACUGACGCAACCACACUGUUUUCUCGCCAAUCCACCCUGGAAGACCUCGAUGGGAUGCCAGAGUGCAUUCCCAAAACCAGCGAGCGUGCCAGGCCCAAACUGCGUAAGAUGUACAGCAUGGACAUGUCCAAUUCAUCCAUGGACAGUGGCAGCAGCUUCAUGUCCAGUGAAGCGACUCAGUGCAUCACGCUCUACUCCAGACAGGGCACCACAGACACCAUAGAAGAAGUGGAGGACGAGCAGGAUCAAGGCGAAGACAAGCAGCAGCAGGUACCCUGGGGAUCCCAAGAGCUGGACGAGUGUCAGGGAGCCGAGGGCGGUCCAUGGAGUGACGGAGAACCCAGGGAGAAAGAAGAGGAGGAAGAGGGUGAGGGCUUGGAGAGAUUGGAGGGUGAGGAAGGCGAGGAGAGAUCAGAGGGAGCAGAGUUACAGGACCAGGAGAGCAAAGAGAGAGAAGAGGCUCCGUGGGAGUCCUUCGGCCCAGAUGAGGGCCCCUCCCACAGGGUCGUGGAGGCAGAUUCUGCCCCUUCUGCCCAGGAGAGGGACUUCAUGACGGAGAGCGAGGACGGGGGAGGACAGCAGGACUUCAUGCAGACAGAGGGGAGAGCAGGGCUCCUCUACACCCCUGACACGGACGCAUCUAAAACAUCUGAUGCUGAUGUGCCUCCCAGCUACAGCAAGGCGGUCAGUUUUGAUCGCCUGGAGGUUAGCGAUGACGAGAGUGACAUGGACAGGAAGAGGCGUAUGGUUAUGACCUCUGACAGCCGCUCAGACAGCAGGUCAGACAUCAUGUUGCCAUCUAUGACCACUGAGCUGACCGCCAGCGAACUGCUGCUCAACAAGAUGUUUUAUGAUGAGGAGCUGGAGCAGUCAGAUUCAUUCUACCAAAAACAGCCUCUGAUCCUCCAGCUCAGCUACGCCCUCUACAACAUGCUGGUGGCCCAUUCGGAGAUGGUUUGCUACCUGGUUAUCAUCAUUAACCACAUGGUCUCAGCCUCCUGCGCCACCCUGGUCCUUCCCAUCACGAUCUUCCUCUGGGCCAUGCUGUCAGUGCCCCGGCCCAGCAAACGUUACUGGAUGACUGCCAUUAUCUAUACGGAGGCCACCAUCGUCGUCAAGUACUUCUUCCAAUUUGGCUUCUUCCCGUUCAACCAGAACAAGAUAGAUAAAAAUAGACCAUAUCACCCUCCUAACAUCAUCGGUGUGGAGAAGAAGGAUGGAUAUGUCCACUACGACCUGGUCCAGUUACUGGCUCUGUUCUUCCACAGAUCCAUUCUGAAGUGCCAUGGUCUAUGGGAUGAGGACGACCCCAAAGACAAGAAAGAGCCCUCUCGUCAGAGCGAGUCAGAGGACGAGGGAAAAGACGAGCGUGACGUGAAGAGUGAGAGCGAUAAGGAGUCUGAACCCGCCUCCUCGCUGAUCAGUGAGAGGAGAGGCUCCAAUCACACCCUGAGAUCCAUCAACUUUGGCACCUCCAUUGAUUCGGGACAUGUCCAGGUUCACUUCCCGCAACAGCAGACCUACCAGCGCCGCAAGAGCUCCAGCGGAGGCUCGCACAUUUCUCACAGAUCUCUCCACUCCUCUGCAAGGUCCAAGAGAGGAAGCACCGCUUCCCACAACAGCAGCCGCAAGGACGGCAGCGAGGCCAGCGUCCAUCAGAAGACACGCAAACAGAUGAUCAUGGAGAAGCUGAGGGAGCAGCUCUUCAAAGGAAGAGCCUUCGUCAUAAAGCGGUUCAUGGAGAUCUACCUUCCCAUGAGGCAGUUCUUCCAUAACUUGAUCCACCCGGAGUACAGCGCAGUCACAGACGUCUACGUGCUGAUGUUCCUCGCCGACACGGUCGACUUCAUCAUCAUCGUGUUUGGAUUCUGGGCGUUUGGCAAACACUCAGCGGCAGACAUCACAUCGUCUUUGUCGGAGGAUCAGGUGCCGGGACCUUUCCUGGUCAUGGUCUUGAUCCAGUUUGGGACCAUGGUGGUGGAUCGGGCCCUUUACCUCAGAAAGUCUGUCAUGGGCAAGGUCAUCUUCCAGGUCAUCCUGCUGUUUGGCAUCCACUUCUGGAUGUUCUUCAUCCUGCCAGGAGUCACAGAAAAGCGUUUCAGCGAGAACACGGUCGCUCAGAUGUGGUAUUUUGUCAAGUGCAUCUACUUUGGGUUGUCGGCCUAUCAGAUCCGCUGUGGUUACCCCACCCGCGUUUUGGGAAACUUCCUCACCAAGAGCUACAAUUAUGUCAACCUCUUCCUGUUUCAAGGUUUCCGCCUGGUGCCGUUCCUGACGGAGCUGCGAGCCGUGAUGGACUGGGUUUGGACCGAUACCUCGCUGUCUCUGUCCAGCUGGAUCUGUGUGGAGGACAUCUACGCUCACAUCUUUAUCCUCAAAUGCUGGAGAGAGUCUGAAAAGAGGUAUCCCCAACCGAGAGGCCAGAAGAAGAAGAAGGUGGUGAAGUACGGGAUGGGAGGCAUGAUUGUAAUGCUGCUGAUCUGUAUCGUCUGGUUCCCGCUGCUCUUCAUGUCCCUCGUUAAGUCGGUAGCUGGAGUCGUCAACCCACCGCUGGAUGUUUCGUUUGAAAUCACGCUCGCUGGCUUCCAGCCGAUCUUCACCAUGAGCGCUCAGCAAAAUCAACUGCAAAAUGUCACCCAAGACGAAUAUACAAAAUUUAUGAAGAGAUAUAAUAAUCGUGAUGAAGCCCUACAGUGGCUGGAGGGCUACAUGUCUGAGGACCUGUACAUCGCAAGGCUGAAAGGAAACUCCAACUCUCUGUGGACCAUCAGUCCACCCAGCAGAAAGAGCCUGAUAAACAUGUUGGGCUCUGAUGAGGAAUUCCUCAUCACUGUGAGCUGGGCUGUGCAAAGAAAUCUAAGUCUUGGUGCCAAGGCAGAAACAGUAUCUGGAAAACGAGUGACACAUCUUGACAAAGAAACAAAAAAGGAGCUCAUAAAGCUGAUAGAGGGGACAGGAAGCAACUCGCGUCAAGUGGUCCUACGCGACAUCUUCCCUCGUUACAUUCGAGCCCCCAGCGACUCUGAGGCCAAGCCUGUUCCGCAGCUUUUUGACGAUGAAAAGAUGUUGGACAUAACGUUGGAAUUGAGGCAAGUGGAUAACACCUCGGAUGAGAUCCAUGAAUGGUGGAGCGUGAACCAGACGGAGCCCGGCCCGAUACCAAAGAGGGAAAAAUACAAGGUUGAAGGUGGACUGGAGCUUUACGUGUUCAGCGACCAAGUCAGCCCGCCCAGUUUGGGCUUUCUGGCUGGAUAUGGGAUCAUGGGCUUGUACGCCUCUGUGGUUUUGGUCAUCGGCAAGUUCGUGCGUGAGUUUUUCAGCGGCAUUUCUCACACCAUCAUGUUCGAGGAGCUGCCAAACGUGGACCGCAUCCUCAAGCUGUGCACAGACAUCUUCCUGGUCCGAGAGACGGGCGAGCUCGACCUGGAGGAGGACAUGUACUCCAAACUCAUCUUCCUCUACCGCUCUCCAGAGACUAUGAUCAAGUGGACCAGAGAGAAAACUCAGUGAAACUCAGCAAGGAGACGUUAACCAAUGAAGGCGAGCCGGAGCUUUUCGGAACAGGAGCCGCUCAUUCAGAGAAACUGGGUGGUCGCUCUGUUGGUGAGCAGCUAUUUCAGCCUGUUCACCUGCUGAAGGAGCUCAAAGCAGCUGAGGACCAACGCUGUCCUCUUCAACUGAGCUCUGAUGGCAGUAAUAGUGUUUGCUCCACACUAGAACACUUGUUUGAGUUAUAAACUGGUAUUUUCUACUAUUUACUGAUGGAAAAAAAACAUCAAUUGCCGUCAUAUUAUUAACAACCAAGGACAAAUUUGCAGGUGCUGUAUUUAUCUCGCGAAAGCUGGCUCAGUUUGGCAUCCAGUGGAUAAAAUAAGCAGACUGGUGUUCAGUUGGAGACGGAGAAGUCCUUUAGCACAAUUUUCCUAAGUUAUAAAAAGUGCUAUCCCUGAUAUAAAGGUAGGUUUUUAAACACAAUGCCCGUAAGCCUCAUUGCCUGCCUCUAACAUUUUCACACAAUCGCACGGUAGGCACGGUAAGAGACGCUCGAACUGAAUGCAACUUCAUUAUUUAAGGGCUUCCCAUCGACACCAAACAAAGUGCACAACGGCAUCCACAUGAGCACAAUCUCGUAUCUUCUCCAACUGGAACGCUUUGACUGUGGGACUGUGCAAUAUCGAGCUCUCGUUCCUUCAAGUUUUUCGAAGAACGUGGACCGAGAGGAGGGGAAAAAAGGGCCGGUCGUCACAAAGAGAAAUUAAGACCAUCUUUUUUCUUUUCUUUUUCUUUUUUUAAACAUCAGAGGCCACGUGGGAGAAAACAUAAUCAAACAAUAUUUGCCUUAUUUUGUUUGUAUGAGAAGAACUCUUAUCAACGACAUAUCUUUCUCAGGAAGAGCUGUUCUCACAGAUAUCAUCGUAGGAGUUGUAUGUUACAAUAUGUAGGCUUUGAUGGAUCUAAAUGAGAUUGUAGAAAAGAUGAAAACUAUUUAAACGGCAUGAAACUUAACGUGGAUAUUGUUCAGGUGGACUGAUACCGGGUAUGUUUACUGCACAGUGAAGGCUGUAUUAAGAAAGCAAUUGUAUCGCUGUGGACUGUUUUCCUCUCAGAGAAUGAGAUAAAUUGCCAAUCAUCCAUUUUCUGAAUCAUCUACAGGUUGGCUAGAGUCGAGACCAGCAGAGGGCUGUUUCUGAAUCAGGGUAACGUGCAUUAGAUGGUCGACUCUUGCACAUCACUUGUGAACCUCUCGCUGUUUUUAACAUAAACGCAUCGACGGCCACAGCUGUGCAUACGGUCAUCAAGGAAGAAACAAGCAGGCACAAAAAAAACAAAAAAAAAAACAUCAUCCACACAUGAAGGGCUGAAACACAAAGUCCUUUGGUCCAAACUAUGCAUUAGAGGACAUUGUAGCAUGAUAGAAAAACUUCAUUAUUGUCAUGACUAAUUUUCAUUACAUGUACAUACAAGUUUAAGGGGACAGGUCAGGGUGGAAUGAAAUGUGAAACUGCACCUGUAUGUCAAGGCGAUGUGGUAUGAUGGAGGUCCAGACAUCUGCAAAUAAAACAUCUGGAGGUGGUGUCGA